CGGUUCCAUACAACGUAACUCCGUAGUGAUUCUACCAUGAAAAUAAACGUCUAUGAAUAAAAUCUUACGGUUUAUACGUGUUUCAGUAUCCGUUUGGUAUUCCGUGCCGUAAACGCAUUUUAGCCUUGACUGGUUGUAUUGCAGUUAAAACGGUUAGUUUACUUGGUCACGAUGGCUCAUCAAUUUUGGAUAUCGUAUCAUCCACCGACUGGGAACAAACAUGCGUCAAGUGGAGACGAGACUCCACCGAUACCGGAGGAAGAACUCGAACAACAGAAGCUUGAACAUGAAAAACAGCUGCAAAAGGAGAAGGAAUGUCAGGCGAGAGAGGCAGAGGAGAUCAGACAGCUCGACAUUAAGCUCCUUCACCAGCGGGCCAUAGAAGCUGAAGAAGACAAGAAGAGAGAGAUCGCGGAGGCGGUGGAAGGGCUCCGGGGCAUGAACACCUCGUGGUCACAUCACCGGCUGUGCGACCUCCAGAGACAAGCUGCACGCUUGCGGCAAAGUCGUCCAUCCAUUCCGGACACCACCAGACAUCCGCGGAGUAUGUUGAAGAAAUCUUGCAGCACGCAGCUGACAAAGCCUCAGUCCAGUCACAGCAUCGACGACAACGACGGGAUCUACCUAAAUUUCACCCCGUGUCGCUUCGGACCCUGCCGAGAUGAGUCACUGGACAGCGAUUGCGGUGAGGCAGCAGGUUGUACCAUCACGGUCAGCGCGGAGUGCAACGUUCCCGGGAAGCCGCGCCGGGGCUCCGCAGUUGAUAUUAGUACAAAUGCAGAUGAUGAGCUGUUCCGUCCACCCCCUCGUCUUGGGUGUCGGGCACCAAUUGCGUCCCUGGAUUGUAUGGACGACUUCAGUGCAAAUUCACAACAGAUGUUGGAUCAAGCUGGUGAAGUAACUGUCUCGCGGCACAUGUCCGCUUAUAUGGGAAAUCACACCACCAUGCCAUCGGUGGUGACUCCCGGCUUGCGGUACAAGAACUUGGGGAAAUCUGGCCUGAGGGUGCCCAACAUUGGCCUAGGCCUUUGGGCCAUGAACGAAGACAGCGCUGAAGAUGUCAUUAAUAUUGCUCUGGAGAAUGGCAUCAAUCUGUUUGAUUUGUCGGAAGCACAUUGCGCAAAAGGGGAGGCAGAAUUGGGCAGAGUGUUAAAGAAACGUGGUGUAAGGAGGACAAGCGUUAUAAUCACAACCAAAGUAUACUGGAGUACCAAGUUUGCUCCUACUAAUAACAGGUCGGAUGAAAGAGGCCUCUCUCGUAAACACAUAGUUGAGAGCGUAAAAGCGUCACUGGCCCGUCUCCAGGUUGAAUAUAUUGAUGUAGUGCUCUUGCACAAAGUUGAUCCCGUGUGCCCGAUGGAAGAACUUGUACGUGCAAUGAACUUUGUGAUCAAUCAGGGUUGGGUGAUGUACUGGGGGACAGCUCGUUGGAGCCCAGCUGAAAUAAUGGACGCAUAUAGCAACUGCAGACAGUUUAAUUGCAUAACGCCUAUAGUGGAGCAAACUGAAUACCACAUGUUCUGCAGGGAAAAACCAGAGCUUUAUAUGCCUGAGUUGUAUCACAAAAUUGGCGUAGGUAUGAUGGCGUGGUCUGCGAUUACUACAGGCAAAGGUCUUGGUCGUGAGGAAAUUACUGGGCUAUUCGCGAAGUCACGAUUCAACAGAAAAUAUAGCACAUUUAGCUGGUGCGAAGAAGAUUUGGCUGUCCCUGAGGUUCAAAUAGCUGGCAGUAAGGAAGCGGUGAAUGGUGAAGAGCCACGCACAUACGGAGACAAACUUCGAGAUCUUUCGAAUCUAGCAAAUACAUUGAACUGUUCGAUGAGCCAACUAGCAGUUGCGUGGUGCUUGAAGAACGAAUCAGUGAACUGUCUCCUUCUAGGAGCAACCAGUGUUGAACAAUUUAAAGAAAAUAUUCACGCUCUACAGAUCGUUCCACAACUAACACCGGUGAUCAUGGUGGAGAUAGAGCGUUUGCUAGCGAACAAGCCACAACGUCCACCCAUGGUUUCAACACUAGCGAUGCGCAACCAACAAAAUAACAACUCUGUCAGGAUUGACAUGACAGGCGCUACCACGUCAGGAACGGGUUCCCCGAAGCCCGAGGGGGAUGUCGUCGAGGCUGAGGCUUCGACCCCCGGUAAGGAGCCCGGACGGGGCUUCUGUGAGAUUCAGUGACCGUGGUGGCGCGGAAGCACUGACUCUGCUUCCAAAUCUAGUAGAUCAAAGGAAUCUCUUAAGGACAAGGAAAAGGAAAAAGAAAAGGAUUCCAAACCGAAAUUCUUCUUGAACAACGCUGGAGAAGUCAUCAAACGUACUGAGCAAGAUGGAGUGUCAACUGAUGUCGUGAUAUCAGUGUCAUCGUUGAAAGGUAAGCAACCGGCUAGCGGGGGCAGUAAGGUGAAGAAGUCCAAGUCCGACACGGCACGUCCGCGGUCUGCCUCUCUGCAAAGGUCCACUUCAGGACAGUUGUCGAUCGGCAGAGACCGCAGGAAAUCCCGUCUGGACUUGAACUCGCCAGCCGAUCCAUAAAUUCAAUCGCUUAUGGACGUAGGAGUACCUGUUAUAUUCUAGGCCUGUGCAUUUACCUAGCAUUAGAUCACGGCACCUUCCCGCCGACUCUGUAAACAUGUAGAAACAACUGUCAUUGAGAAGCUCUAGGGCCUUAAGGAAAAUCGAUUGUUUGUAGAUAUAGUAACAAGACGGCGAGCCCUAGGCCUUGUCAUAAAGUACACUUAUUUCUGCAUACUUACAACAAUAUCCUUGGCAAAUAUCCUACUACCGCACGAAGCAAAUACCCAAUCGCUAUCAUGCUCAAAAAGAAAAUCCAAUCAUUAAUAACGUCUGCUCUACAGGUAAAUCAAAAUCAUCAAGUUAAAAAUUAAAAGGACCUUAAGUGAUUAACAAAAGUCUGCAAUCGUUGCAAAACUCUGGGAAGUGUUUCUUAUGCAAGUAGUUGGAUAAAAUCCUGUUUGUUGUAUUAUAAAAAUUAACAUAAAACAAAAUAUCUGGUAGAUGUUAUUGGCACUUGAAAUAUUAGUAAUAAUGUAAAAAUUGUCUACUGAUGUAAUAAUGCAUGUUUAGGGAUGUUCGCUGUGAACUACCAAGUAGUGCUAGCGUUAGGUAGAUAGGAUAAACUUGUAGUCCAUUCUAUGGGCGUCGAAGUCACCAGCUGCUUAGAUAAACACAGGAGAUGCAUAUAUAGCGAGUACUCCGCUCUUUAGGAACUAUGUUAGGUAAGCGUAGAACGUUUCCAAAUUGUUUAACACGGUUUUUAGAAGUCAUAGUCUCCCAGUCUUCAGAUGAACACCUCAAACAUCGGCUAUAUCUAGGUACUAAGUAUCGAGUUUGAUAGGUACAUAACUUCCCUGUGAAGUGAUUUCUCCUUAAAUCGGUCUUGUAAAUAAUUAAUCACGGUGAGAAUUAGAUGAUUCCUUUGAAAACUAAUCUUAGAAACAGAGUCUACUACUAUUAAUAAUACCUUUUAGUACAAGCGGGGGCCGCAAAACUUGGGACUAAAUAUAAUGUUGAUAUAUUGAACAUCUUGUUGACAUAUUUUAUCCGAUCUCCAGUUUUGCGGUACCCGUUUUGACUUUCGAGGUUUUUUCUUAUAUUAUAGCUUCCACUGGUCCGCGUUUCUCUUUCUUAAAAGUUGGUAGUCUGGCUUAAACAUGGCGUAGCGUUUAAUAUUCAGCAAGCACGCACCAUCGCGAAUAUAUUGAACAGUUUGAUAUGCAAAAUAAUUGACUAAAUAAUCUAGUUCAUUCACGUCAUAAUAACUAAUAAAAAAUAAUAUUAGUAAUUAGUCAUUGUCAUCAAGUUAGUACCAAGUGUCAGGGUUCGUCUCGAAAGUCCUCAGAAAAUGUAAAAAUAACGUGUGCGUGGUCCGUUUGGUCAGUAUUAGAUUCAAAAGUACCUACGUGGUUGCCGCGACACUAGUUUCGACAUAAUAAUCGGUACCCAUUGUCAUCCUUUUAACAUCAAAUGAAUGGUCGUUUGGUCGUUGUUAGAUAGUCCGUUGUUACCAGGUACGCAUAGAUCGAUAGGGUUGCCUACUGCGACAUUUUAAACUAGUAGUUUGCAUUUCAGAUUGAUUCGAAUAAAAUGGAUUAAUAGAAACGAGUAACGCAACGCUUUGAAUAAUGUCUGAAAGUUUUCUAUUUGUUUUUUGAAAUUAAACUUAACUAAACAGUUCUACAAUUGAAAAGCAGACUAACUACAUCAGGAUAAUGCAAGGGAUGACAACUUCUUUUCUUUCUUGACCCACUAUAAAAUCCUCUUUAACAUUGCCGACCGCGACGAGUGGCGUCGCGUGCGCAUCUAAAAUUCAAAAGUUCUGUAAUACGACUUCUUAUCGACAAAAUUCAUAUUUUUUUCGUCCUCAUAUAAAACAAAUUAAAAUCCUUGGAAAAUUUGCAAAAAUAUCUAUAAAGUAAAACUAAAUAGUUUUUUCAAAAAUAGUUGCCCUUUUCUUUUGUUUAGUAACGUAAUUCCUUGAUAAUAUAUUAGGCAUAAAAGGUCACACCGUUUAGAAUGCUAAUAAAAUUAAUUCAAUUUAACCCUUUAUAAGUAGUCUUUAGUAAUAAAGGUUUUAUCUCACGAAAACGUAACGGUAAGCGGUCAAACGUGUACGUGUAAUGUGUAUAGAUACGUGCUCUAGUGUGCGUGACUACGGCGUAGCAUUAGCAAAUAUGCUAAAGAAAGGACAUUGAAAAACAUGAUUCUCAUCUACCUAGCCUUUCCCAACUAUGU